CAGCUGUCGGGACCUGACGCCACACGUCAAGCGCAGCUCUCGUGGGGCGUGCCGGCUUUUUCAUACUGGAUCAUGUUGGUUUUUGGGGUGGGCGCCGGCGCCGUCCUGUUCAAGCGGUUCUUUCGUGUCCCAACUUGUGUGCAAAUGAAGUGGUCCAGCGAAUGCGAAUCUUGGCUCAAUCUCAGUUUCAGGGACGAGGCCAGCCUAGCGGCCUAGCUAGCCUCACAGUUCAAAGCAACAACGCCUCAUGGCCCUCAUGGCGCUCAGCCAGAUGAAGUUGACGCCUGUUUGGGUUGAGAAGGAGUCGGUGACGGAGGGGUUUCUCACGGACGUGGCUUCCCUUGCCGCACGAGAGCUGUUUGAUCCCCCCAGACCGGAGAUUGCCCUGAGACAGCAACACCUCUUUCCAAUCUUUUCCAAGCAAUUUCAGGAGAACGGGAAGAAGAACACACUUUUGGUGGUGAAGAACGAAGCUGGUGAAAUGGUGGCCUUCGUCGCAGUGCUCGUGGGCAAGCUUUCAGGUACCUUUCGGGAUGUCUCGAAUGAAGAGGUGGCUCGAAUUGCCUAUUUGACGGUGGAACCAUCUUUGCGUGGUCGCGGCAUCGCCUCCGAGCUUGUGCGCUGCUGUGAAGAAUGGGCCGCCUUUCGAGGCUUCACCUCCAUCUAUUUGAAUGCUCUCAGUGAGAAGAAACACUUGCAGCAUUGGUAUUCCAAGCUAGGAUAUGUCAAAGUUGCUGACGAGUAUUGCUCCUCUCCUUUUCCCUGGAUCGAGGACUACUGCCUGACCCUGCGGACCAAACCAUUGACCAACGUGCUGUGAGCCAGCUGGCCUGGGCGAAGCGUGUGACCCAGCGAUUUUGUUUGGUGCUACGUGACCGUGUGUAGCUGUUUAUAGGGCCUGAGUGUUUACAGAAUAGAAGUGCACAUGAGCCAAAUGCGUGUCUAGUGACUCUAGUGCCCUGAUGUGCCCUGCAUGAGAAAUGUUUGCAAGCCUUUAUAUCAGCCUUGGCCCAAUAGGGGCCAGCUGUUGUGCGUGCACCCGAAAACAAUAUGCGC